AUGUUGGGGGCCCCUGGUACCCUUUCUACCCAGGGGCCCCCGGGAGGCCCCUUCAACCCCUCUCCAUCUCCCUCUCAGGGGGCCCCUCAGGGGGCCCUCCAGGGGGCCCCCUCAGCCCCUGGGGCCUCUCUCUUUGGUGGGUUUGCUGCAGGUGCUGCAUCUGCUGCCUCUCCCUUCAGUGGCCGUCUAUUUGGGGGUAACUCUGCUAUCCCUACGGGGGCCCCCAGCCUGUUUAGUGGGGCCCCCACAGGUGCAGCAGCAGCUGCAGCAGCACCAGCGCAGCAGCAGCCCGCUGCUUCGGGCGGCAGCGGCCUUUUUAGCAGCAGCGGCUCUGCAGCAGGAACCAGCAACAGUCUCUUUGGAGGAGGGAAGCCGCAGGGACUCUUUGCUGCUGCUGCUCCUGCUGCUCCUGCUGGCAGCAUCAACACCCAAGGAGACGCUUCAAGACAAACUACAGGUGCUUUAUCAGCCCCUAUAUCGGGUUCAAUGUGGGGUCAAGGAGGAGGGGGGGGCCCCCUAUCUCAGAGUUCUGCUGCAGCAGGUUUAUUUGGGGGCCCCCGACCAACAGCGGUAGGGAGCCUUUUCGGUGCUGCCAGUAGCAGCAGCAGCAACAACAGCAGCGGCAGCCUUGGUGUUGCGUCUAAUGCUGCUGCUCCUGCUGCUGCACCCGCAGCAACUGCUGAAGCAAACCCAGCAACUGCCUCUGCAGCAGGGGCCCCAGGGGGCCCCCUUUUCGGUGUGGGACUGAGUGCGGGCUCCACUACCUCUGGGAGGGGUCUCUUUGGUGCUGCUGCUCAGCAGCAGCAAGUAGGGGCCCCUGCUGCAGCUGCUCGGCCGCCUCUCUUUGGAGGGGCCCCUGUUGCUGCUGCUGCUGCUGCUGCUUCUCCUGCUUCUGGCUCAAGCCUCUUUGGAGGCCUCACGGGGGGCCCCCCAGGCGGAUCCUCACUCUUUGGAGGGGGGGCCCCUGCUUCGAAGAACAUAUUUUCUGCUGCUGCAGGGGGCCCUGGGGCCCCCACACCCUUCGGUGGCAGCACGACGGGGGCCCCCAACGGUAACAGCAGCACCACUCCUCUAUUCGGUACCGGUGUUUCUGCUGCUGCACCUGCUGCUGCUGCACCUGCUGCUGGCUCCAGCAGCAGCAUCUUUGGUGGCAGCGUUGCUUCAGGGGCCCCUGCUGCUGCUCCUGCUGUGGGGGGCGGUCUGUUUGGGGGGAGGGCCCUGGGAUCGGGUCCCCACAGCAGCAGUCUCUUUGGAGCAGCAGCAACAACAGCAGCUGCAGCAACACCAUUUCUUAAGACAACAGGGGGCCCUCAGGGCCCCCAGGCCAGCGGGGCCCCCAACACAACAGACACGAGGGGCCCCCAACGGCAGCCUGAAGGUGGGGGGAUAUUGUUUCGCAGCAAGAGCAGCACUGCAGCAGCAUCAAGAGGCACUGCAGCAGCAGCAACAGCAAGAACUGCAAGCACAGGCAGCUUAUUUGGUGUCUCUGAGGGGCCCUUUAACCGCAGCAGCAGCAGCACAGGGCCCUCUGUUGUUUGGGGGGCCCCUCAGGAGAAGCCUCUCUUCUCUAGCUCCCAGACCUCCUCAGCAGCCGCCGGAGACCAUCCAACCAGCACCAGCAACAGCAGCAGCAGCAGCAGCGGUGUGAUAGCAGUGCACGGGCGCAGCAGGUUGUGUGCUGCUGAGGGCAAGGCUAUACCCCCUCCUCUCCCUGUUCCUGAGGGCCCCGAAGCAAACCCUAUGCUGCAGUCUGAGCCUCCAGCAAAUGCAUUAAUGCUGCGGGUGCAGGUAAUGCAGCAGCUGCUGCAGCUGCAGCAAGAGGGCCCCACAGGAGGGUCUACUACUACCGCUGCGACGCAUGCUGCUGCUGCUGCUGCUGCUGCUGCACCUGGUGCAGCAGAACCCGCCCCAGGAGGUGUCUUCGUAGGCCAGCUGUAUGGGUGCUGCAGCACAGAAGAAAUGUUAGACAAGCAGCAAGUUUCUACUGCUUCAGACUUUGAGCGCCUCGAAGCAACUGUCCCCGGAGACCCAGAAGCCCGCAUCGUGAACGUACACCUGGCGUUUUCUUCGUUUCGCCGCAGCGACGCUGGGAAGCCGUUUAAGCAGUCAGACACCCGCCCAGCAGUUUGGUGUCGAAGGGCUGUGCAUGCGCUUCUCACCUACUUUGCAGAUGCUGACCUAACCAAUGGCCCCCAGCAGCAGCAGCAGCAGCAGCAGCAGCAGCAGCAGCAGCAGGUGUUGCCUCAAGAGUUGCUUGCAGGGGCCCCUGGCUUUGACUCUGUCUCUAACCACGGCCUUAUGCAGACAUGUUUAGAUAAACUGAUGCAGGGGUACGAGGCUGCGCGCGCCUUCCGCAGCAGACGCGACGCAGCAGCAGCAGCAGCAGCAGCUGCUGCUGCUGCUGCUGCUGCUGCAGGGGGGGAAGAUGGAAGAGCUACUGAGAAAGAUGCUAAGGCCCUCCUUGACCUGCUAGUUUAUAGCAGCCCGUAUGAAGGGGAGUUCUGGGGGUUUAGAUUAUUAAUGCUGCUAUCGCAAGAAGCAAGCGACACAGCUCUGGUGUCUCUGCUGCAGCGGCUGCCGCAGCAGCUGCAGCAAGAUCCGUCUGUACGGUUUGCUUUAGAGGCUUAUAGAGCAUCAAAGGCUUUAGACCUACGAAGAUAUGUCAGGCUAAUGCGCGAAGGCCCUUACUUACUUUGUUUGCUGCUGCACAAAUUCUUACCCUUCGCGCGCGUUCGAUUCCUAGCAGCUCUUGUCUUAAGCAGACUUACUGGCGGCUCCCGCAACCCUAUCACUUCAGAGCGCCUCUCCAUGCUCCUGGGCUUCGACGGAGAAGACAGCGACAUGUUUCCUGCAUUUCUAGCAGCUUACGGCAUCCGCACGACGGUGUCUCCUCGAGGGGCCUCCGUUUGUUUGCUGGAGGAGACAGAUAAGAGUCUCCUUCAAGAUCUCACUUCAUACAAAAAAGCAAAGGGGCCCAGGGCCCCCUCAGCUUAUCUUAGGCCUCCCAGCUACCUCUCAAGGCAGCAGCUGCUCGACCCAGACUACCCUGCUGCUGCUGCUGCGCAGCAGCAGCAGCAGCAGCAACAGAAAUUGAGACCGUGCGCAGCUGAACUCAGUAAGGCUUUCUAUUUCAAACAGCACAGGGCAGUGCAGCAGCAGCAACAGCAGAACCAGGAGCAGCGCAUGGAUGAGCAGCAGGAGGAGGAGCUGAGAAAGCUAAGAAGGCUGCAGCAGCUCAAACUCAGGCAGCAGCAGCAGCAGCAGCAGCAGCAGCAACCCUCUCAUGUUGUAUCAACUCCUGCAGCAGCGGGAGGAUUCGUCUUUGGUUUACCCGACAGCGCGCAGCGCAUGCAAACGCCCCACGGAGCAGCACAGAGCAUGCAGCCACAGCAGCAGCAGCAGCAGCAAAUGCUGCUGCAGGGGCAACAACGCCCAGUAGCGCAGCCCCAGCAGGACGAAGCGCAGCAACAGCAACGGCAGCAGCAACAGCAGCAGCAGCAACAGCAGCAGCAGCAAAAGCCGCCGCUCACUUUCGUGUGGCCGCCGCCUGCACAGCAGCAGCAGGAAUUGCUGCGGGUCUCUCCUUCCAUUGGUACGGAACCAUCUGCUGCUGCUGCUGCUGCUGCGGCUGAUCCUGAUACUGCAGCAGCGAAAGGGAGCCCACUCCGUGGACCUGCUGCAGGAGAGAGUGCACGCACACCGGCAGAGGCAGCAGCAGCAGCAGCAGCAGCAACGACGGCAGCAGCAACAGCAGUGACAUCAAAGACGACUGCAGCAAGCCCGAGACGCCCAUCUAUCCAGGCUUCAAGAGAGCCGCUGACUCCUAGUGAAGCAGCGGAUGCAGCAGCAGCAACGACGGCAGCAGCAGCUGCUGCUGCUGCUGACGGCACGCAGCAGCACGGCGGUGAUGUCUCUCAGGAAGAAGAGGAAGCAGCAGCAGCAGCAAGCAGAGACUCCUGCGGACGUUCGCCUUCAGUUCGAGCUGCUGCUGCACCAGUUGCUUCGAGGAGCAGCACCAGUGCAGUAGCAGCUGCUGCUGCUGCAGCGCAGCAGCACGGCUCACCCGCCUGGAGUGUACGUACACCUGAAGAUGCAGCAGCCGAUGAAGAGACAGCUGCUGCUGCUGCAGUGGAGCUCGAGGAGACACUUCCUGGUAUUGUGGGCCUUCGUAAAUGGAGACGGAAGCGCAGAGACAGCGCAACACCCACCGCAGCAGCAGCAGCAGCAGCAGCAGAAGCUCCUGUUGCAGCAGCUACUGACGGCUCUCCCGCAGCUAAGACCGCAGCGAGCUGCAGUAUGGCGCCUGCCCCCUCCGCCCCUAAAGAAGUUGAAGUUCAGGAAGAAGCAGUUGCAACGCAGCAGCAGCAACAGCAGCAGCAGCAGCAGGAACAACAGCAGCAGCAGGAGAAGCAGCAGUGCAGCAGUAGUUCGGACGCAGAGGUGAAGCAGACCCAGGCAAGGGGCCCAGACGCUCUUGCAGCAGCAAAGGAAGCAGCAACAGCAGCAGCAGCAGCAGCAGCUCCUGCUGCAGCAGCAGCAGAACCAGCGAGAGCGAUUGCACUAACACAAACUGUCAGUGUUAGUGAGGAUUCAGAAAGGGCCUUAUAUGCGCUGAGAUCAUCAGAGGAGCUGCUGCUGCUGCUGCUGCAGCAGCAGACGGAGUUGCCGCAGCAACCCCUCUCGGUCAUGCUUGCCACUGCUGUUGCUGCUGCUGCUGCAGCGAUGCCGCCCGCUGUUCUUGAUGCUCUUCUAGCUGCUGAUCUGCAGCUGCCCCACUGCACGCUGCAGCAAAACCAGCAGCAGCAGGAACAGCAGCAGCAGCAGCAGCAGCGGUUUGUCCCUCCCCGCGUCUUCUUCAAGGCUGUGUUCUUUAGCCGUCGCUCUUCGGCAGUGGAGGCGCUGCUGCUGCGAGUUGUUGCAGCAGUUGCGUGUGGCAGCAGCCGCAGCAGGAACAACAGCAGCAGCAGCAGCACUUCGGCUCCCGUACUGCUCCGCAGCAACGUUGCAGCAGCAGCAGGAGGGAAGGAGGCGCUUGCAGGCUAUUUGCUGCUCUGGCCGCAGCAGCAGCUCUCAGUCCCCCGGGCCCCACAGCCGCUGCCUUUUUACUGUGGGCUGCAUGCAAUAACCGGCAGGGGCGAGGAGACAGCUGCAGCAGGAAGGGCCUUAGAAGCAGCAGCAGCAGGUGCUCCUGUUGCUGCAACAGCAGCAGCACGAGAACAAGAGGACAGCUACAACCUGGAGGAAAGGGAAGCCCUUGGCGGGGCCGCCAUGCUGCUGCUGCCGCUGCCUUUCCUUGUGGCUCUACCCAGCAACGGAACAGCAGCAGCAGCAGCAGCAGCAGAUGCUGCUGCUGAUAAGCCGUGUGGCGUUUGCAAUAAUAUGUCUCCCCCCAUCGUGCAGCUCCCGUCUUGUGCAACUGACUGCAGCGCGAGCGCUGCAGCAGACUCAGCAGCCAAGCAGCAGUGGGCAGCAGCUGCAGCGGAGAUAGCACACGCUGUCAAGCUCCACAACCAGCAGCAGCAGCAGCAGCAGCAGGAUGGCGCUGCUGUUUUGUGCGUUGUCUUUGCUCUCUCUCUGCCGCAGAGGCUGUUUUACAAUGUCUCUUCAGCAGCUGCAGCGGGGGCUUCUGCGUCAUGCGGUGCUGCAGCCCAAGGCCAGCAGCAGCAACAGCAGCAGCAGCAGCAGCAGCACCUCGCUGUCUCCGUAGAUGACGAAGUGCGCAGUGUAUGCGCAGCUGUGCGGGCUGAACUCCUGCAUGCCGUUUCUUCCUUGCUCCCAGAGCUCCGACAUGCAGCAGCAUGCUUCCGGGUUCGGUGUAUUGCUGUUGUUCCCUCAGCUGCUAACGACAGCAGCAGCAGCAGCAGCGACAGCAACAGGUGCUCAUGCUGCUGCAUGCGCAACGCGCUGCCGCUUACGCGGGGAUUGCUGCAGUGUCUUGCCUUAGACCCGUGGGAGGGACUACAGCAGGAGAGGCAGCUAAAGGCGUUGCUGCGUCAGCAGCCGAUGCUGCUGCAGCAGCAGCAGGUGCUGCUAUCAGGCUGGGCUAGAAUGUGGGAUCGGGCGGUUGGUGCUGCUGCUGCUGCUGCUGCUGCACGCGCGAGAAGGUCAAUUGAAGAACGCCUCUACGAAGAAGUGCAGCAGCAGCAACAGAGCCACAAGCGGCAGCUUGGUGUCGAAGGUUGUCUUGAGCAGCUUGUUGCUGCUGCAGCAGCAGGCCCUGUGGCGCGGGUUGCUGCUGAUCCUGCGGUGUCUGUGGAGGCGUUUCGUACGGGAGUAGCAGCAGCAGCAGGGUUGCUGCAUAGCUGCAGCAGCAGCUUAUGGCAGCUGCCGCCUGCAGAGUGGCUGCUGGGCCUCCAAUUCAGGCUCCAGCACACGAAGCAGCAGCAGCAGCAGCAGCAAGCCGUUUCUGUUGCUGCACUGGCAGGUUGUUUCCCCUCCGCAGACACUGACGCCCUCUAUGAGCUAGCACGGUCGAUGCAGCAGCAGCAGCAGCAGCAGCAGCAGCAAGACAUCAUGCGGUUGCUUCGCCGAGCGUACAGCAAGGCUUCGGGAUUGUCGCAGGUGGUUCAGCUGGCUGGUGCUGCUGCGACUGCUGCUGCCGCUGCUGCUGAUUCGUGGAAGCAGCAGAAAGAGGGGGAGGCGCCGUCUUUGGAAGAAGUGUUUGCUGCUGCAGUUAGAGCCGCACGGCGCACCGCUGCAGCAGCUGCUGCAGCUGCAGCAACAAAGAAUGGUCCAUUGGUCCUUCCUUACUCCGUGUGUCGAUUGUUAUCUACCCCUCAAAUGCACUCUUGGGGGACCCCAGUGCUGCCUCGGGUGCUGGCUGCAGCAGCAGCAACUCUGCAACAGCAGCAGCAGCAGCAGCAGCAGCAAAAACAGCGGAGCAUACAGGAGCGGAGAAUGGGGCUGCUGCUGAAGGACGGAAGGCCUGUGGAGAAGGAGCAACAACGGCAGCAUCAACAACAACAAGAGCAGCAGCAGCAGCAGCAGCAGCAGCAGCACCAGCAGUCCCCAGCUGUCGAGGAGACCCGACGUGUGCGUCGGCGACUGUGCGGCGAGGCUUCAAAGUUGGUUGCAGAAUGCAUGCGAGCAGCAGCAGAAGAGAAGCGGUGCAUGCGUUUGCUGCUAGAACAGCUGCAGGUUUAA